UUGACUUCCUCCUGCAGAAAUCCACUGGACGUUAUAAAUAGAGCUGUGUUCCUCCUCCUCCUCCUCCUCCUCCUCCUCCUCCUCCUCCUCCAGCUCCCCUGCUCUCUGCCUCUCUCAGGAUUUCUCUGCUGUUCAGCCGGAGCUGCUGCUGCUGCUGCUGUGGUCGGGAUGCGCUGCGUGAGCCGGCUGCUGCUGGGGACCUGCCUCCUGGUUCUGGGCCCCGCCGUGCAGGGCGCCCCCUCCCCGGGUCAGUGCCCCAGCCUGUGCCACUGCCACGGGGACCUGCAGCACGUCAUCUGCGACAGCGUGGGGCUGAAGAGGAUCCCGCGGGUGUCGGAGGCCACCCGUCUGCUGAACCUGCAGAGGAACAGCCUGGGCGCCAUCCCCACCGGCGCCUUCAGCGACAGCAAGGGGCUGGUCUCUCUGCACAUGCAGCACUGCCAGCUGCGGGAGAUCGGCUCCAAUGCCUUCAAGGGGCUGAAGAAGCUGGUCUACCUCUACCUGUCCAACAACCAGAUCAGCAGCAUCAAGCCCGGCGCCUUCGAGGACCUGGCCCAGCUCACCUACCUCCACCUGGACGGGAACCAGAUCGCCGAGCUCAGCAAGGGCAUUUUCUCCCCCAUGAUCAACCUCUUCGUCCUGCAGCUCGACAACAACAAGCUGCGCGAGCUGCGGCCGGGGACCUUCGCCGGCGCCCGGGACCUGCGCUGGCUGCACCUGAGCGGCAACGAGCUGAGCACGCUGCAGCCGGGCUCCCUGGACGAGGUGGAGAACCUGGCCGUCCUGCACCUGGACGGCAACAGGAUGUCCAGCUACCCCGCCGCCGCCAUGAGCAAGCUGCGGGUGGUGGAGGAGCUGACGCUGGGGGGAAACCCCAUGAGGACCGUCCCGGACAACGCCUUCCAGAGCUUCGGACGCUACGUGGAGAAGCUCCACCUGGACAGCAUGGGUCUGGAGAAGUUCUCAGACGGUGCGUUCACUGGCGUCACGGCCGUCAAGUCGCUUCACCUGGACAACAACAAGCUGAGGUCUCUCCCGAAAAGCCUGGAGUUCACCACCAUCACCAACCUCACCCUGUCCAACAACCCCUGGAGCUGCACCUGCCAGCUGGCUCCACUGCGCAGGUGGAUGGACUCCAGCCGAACCCGUCCGGACGCCAUGUGUGCGUCUCCCCCGGCGCAGAAGGGAAAGCAGGUCAGAGACAGUCCGGCCUUCAGCGGCUGCAGAGUGAAAGCCAAGAAGGCCAAGAAGGGCUCGCGUCACUGAACCGGAGACGCUGAGGAGGAGACCAGGAGGAGACUCGGAGGAAACCGGGUGGAGACCAGGAGGGAGACCAGGAGGAGACGGACCGGGUGACAGGCCAGACCAGAAAUCACUGCUAACCCCUCGACUUAACGACUGUCCAUCAGAUGACAAACACCGUCAUAACGACACCGUUUCUGCAUUUUCGACCUUUUUCACUCAUUUAUUCCAAAAGCUAAAAGAGGCAGGUGGAGGAUAAAUUACUCCAGAAGCUCUCAAAGGACAUCUGUUGAGUUUUCAACCAUUCAACGGCUGAGAGCACAAAAACAGCCAACAAGCCUUUAAUGGUGAGGAAAAUGAGGCGAACAGGAGCCUCUGCACUCUGGAAAAACUAAUUUAUCCACAUCAACCCACCCCUGUUUAUACACUCACAAGACUAUUUCUGUAAAGCUGCCUUUAAAUAUUUUUAUAUUUUAAUAUAUAUGUGUUACAAUCAGUGCAUUGUUUGCUGUUUUUUUUUUAAGACAAACAACCCUCUCCACAGCAGCUAAAUGAUCCAUUUGUUGGAGAUCAACAAGUUCAUGAGCAAGAAAAAUACAAAAUAUUCGUCAACAAUGGGACAAAAAAGCUCCACUAAAGAUUACCUACAGUUCAUACAUGGAUUUUACAGCUUCAAGGCAAAUGUACAAACAUUAACCUGCAUUUCUGAACAUUUACUUGCGUUUCAUAAUUUCUCUAUAAAAAGCUGAAAAACAGAAUCCAGCUCAUCUACUUCUACCGCUUCUGAAAAUGAACGCAGCGCUAUUCUAUUCUGAAAAGGAUGAAAAGCAGCCGGCAGGAUUUGUGAAGUGUUCAUGCAGAUCUAAUAUUUAUUCAGUAUCUUUUCGUAACCUGGAACUUUGGAGCUCACAUCCAAUAAACCUUUUACAAAAGUCACAAUGGAGUUUU